AUGCCCGUGUGCCUGCUGCCGCCUGCCCGAAGCCCUUCUGCCAGCCGAGCUGUGGAGCCGGGCCUCUCUGGCUACCCUCUUGCCAAGAAGUUUUCCCUGGCAAAUCCCUCCAUGCUCCUUCCCUCCAAGCCAUUGCCUCCCGUCCAGAAGAGCUCUCCUUCUUCCACACCAAGUCAGAUACCCAGCGGAGAGCAGGAGAAUGGGAAAAAUGGCAGCGGCUGGGAUGAGUACAGGGUAAAAAAGGAAGAGCUGAUUUCUGAGAGAAAAGGACCGAAGGCUGCCUUGCCAUAUUCCAUUGGCAGCGAAAUGAAGAGGGGGUCCCUGGGACUGCCUUUGAUCCCCCCAAUACGCAAGGCAGGCAGUUCCACUGUUAGUAAUGCUGCUGGGUCUCUGUGCAGCUCUCCCCAGCUGGAUUUGCAGGAGUCCUGGGAGAUGAGGCCAAGACCCAGCAGCAGAACACAAGAGAAGACCUCUGAAGAUGCAGCCUUUAGCCCACUGCCUGUCAAUGUCACAGCUCCUAGUAUACAGAGAAUACAGCCUGGUAGUGCCUUGAAGAAGAAGGUCUUGAGAAAACAGGACAACAUGCCCCUACUGCCCAAUAAGCCCAUCAUCCAUGGGGAUGGCAGCUUCCCAUGCAGCUCCUCAGUGACCUCGCAGACGGCCACUGGGGCCAAGCGACGAGAGGAGCUGCCCCGUGGGCACAGGCAGAAGGACAGAGCCUUUUCAGACCCACAGCAGUCCUUGCAGGAGGCACUCUCCAUGCUGGGCAGCGAUGACUGGGAACUGAAGGAGAAGGGACUCUUCAACAUCAAACACCUGGCUGAGUCCCAUCCAGAAGUCCUGCUUUCCAGAUUUCAUGACAUUUGCUUGGCAGUUACCAGCGAGGUGACCAACCUGCGGUCCAAGGUGUCCUGUUCUGCAAUUGUCACUCUGGGAGAGAUCUUUGCCAUCUUGAAGAAGAACAUGGACUCUGAGGUGGAUGAGGUUGCUCCUGUCCUUCUCCAGAUGGUGCACAACUCCCCAGAGUUUGUUCAGAAGGCAGCCCGUCAGAGCCUGGGGAUGAUGGUGGAGAAUGUGACUCCUGCACGAGCAAUGAAUGCUCUCAUGGACAGGGGAGUCAAGAGCCGCUACACCCAGGCGCGGAAGUGUGCGGCCGAACUCCUCCUGUCCUUGGUGGAGAAAAUGGGAGUCACCAAGCUCGCAGGCACCCCCAGGGCUGAGAGGCUGGCACAAGUGGCAGGGAAACUGGCUCAGGACCGUCACCAGGACACAAGGGUGAAAUCUACCUCUGACCGAUGCCUCCUCCACCGUCCAAAAGCCCAGGUCACGUUACCUGCAGCUGUGGAAGGAAUGGAGUCACUCCAGAAGCUUUACCAUCUCCUGGAAGCCAAGCGGUUUCAGGCACGGAUGGAAGGAGUGGCACUCCUCCUAGAUCUGUGCAAAACCAGCCCCCAGCUGAUCUCCAGUAACAUUUUCCAAAUUUUAGAUUAUUUUGUCCUGAGAAUAAAUGACACCCACAAGAAAGUGAAGCAGAAGGCGCUGGAGGUGCUGGCAGAAAUGACAGGACUCCUGGAAGAUGCCCUGAACCCGGUGAUGGUCCGUUUGGUGGAGGGAAUAACAAAGAACCUGAACUCAAAGGAUCCCGGGGUUCAUGCUGCAGCUGUGAACGCAUUGGACAGAUGUGUUGUUCAUUUGGAUGAAGUAUCACUGAUGAAAGAGCUCAGCCACCAAUGGAGCCAACUGAGUGGCCAAGCUCUGCUGGAGGUCACGGAGCGUAUCACAGAUCUUGUGGAAUGGGUUUAUGCCAGGAGCCCUGAAGUGGUCCAGCGCUACGCCCUGCCCGUGCUCUGGUCCUGCCUGGAGAACAAGGCGCUGCCUGUGCGAAGCGCCAACGUCUGCGCUGUGGUCACCAAGCUUGCCUGUGCCCUCUGCGAGGUGAUGGGCACCCAGCUGAUUAGGUGUGCUGAGAGCAAGCCCCCACACGUGCAGGAAAACCUCUCCAGCCUUUUGGGCUGGUGA